AUUUUGGGUUUUGACAAUUGUUUUCCAUAAUCACCGAAAAGGUACGUACGUACGAUCCCGCCUUCAGCAAUCAAAUCUGACAAUUCCAACAAACACACAAACCCCACACUUCAAAUCAAAUCUUACAAUUCACGAAUCCUUCACCGCCUCCGCCCUCUCUCUCCCUCUAUGCAUUCGCGUUUGCUAGGAAUUUGAGAGAGAGGCACCGUCUUUGAUGGCGCGUUUCAAUGCCAGACUAGGGAUGUACGGGUUUUGGUAUUGCCUUGUGUCAAUUGCCGCUUGUUCACGAAUCUCUGCGUCCGCGAGAUCUGACAAUGAGAUCAGAGAGAGAUUCUACGGCACUAUGUUCAAUUCGUCGGCGCCUAACACCAGCGAGGGUAGUAUAGCGAAAAUGUUCGAUCGAGUUCUCGAAAAAGAGUUCUCCGAGAAUGAUCAGCCUGAAGGAUCUGAUGGGAGCAGCUUCAACAACAGUGUAGCAGAUCAACAAGCUGUGUUGGAGACUGUAGCGAAGAUCACCCACGAGAAGGUCAAGAAAAAUGAUUCACAAGAGGCGAACGGUACAAGAUCCUUCCAGUUACAAGAUGUAUUUUCCCUGGAAAAUGAAGGUUCUGAUGACAUGACAACCUUGAUAGACAAAAAGGACAAUGUGUUUGUCAUGUCAAACAAGAAAUCUAAAUAUCCGGUGCUUCAAGUAGAUUUAAGGUUAAUUUCAGACUUGGUUGUUGUAAUUGUUUCUGCUGCCAUUGGUGGAAUUAUCUUUUCGUGUCUAGGACAACCGGUGAUUGUUGGCUAUCUUCUUGCGGGUUCAAUUAUCGGACCAGGGGGUCUGCAAUUCAUCAGUGAAAUGGUACAGGUUGAGACUGUUGCACAGUUUGGAGUUGUUUUUCUUCUCUUUGCUUUAGGGCUUGAGUUCUCUCUUACAAAAUUAAAAGUUGUGGGGCCUGUUGCUGUUCUUGGAGGGCUACUUCAAAUUAUCAUAUUUAUGUUAUUGUGUGGCUUUACUGCCAUGAUAUGUGGAGCACAAUUGUCAGAGGGUGUUUUUGUGGGUUCCUUCCUUUCCAUGUCAUCUACGGCAGUGGUGGUGAAGUUUUUGGUAGAAAGAAAUAGUAAUAAUGUUCUUCAUGGCCAAGUUACAAUUGGGACACUCAUUUUGCAGGAUUGUGCUGUUGGUUUACUAUUUGCUUUGCUCCCAGUUUUGGGUGGUAAUAGCGGCCUUUUGCAAGGAAUUAUGUCAAUGGGAAAACUGUUGCUAGUUUUGUCCAUCUAUCUCACCACUGCAUCUGUGCUGUCUUGGUCAUUCAUUCCCCGCUUUUUGAAGCUGAUGAUACAGCUAUCAUCCCAAACAAAUGAACUUUAUCAGCUUGCUGCAGUCGCUUUCUGCUUAUUGUCUGCUUGGUGCAGCGAUAAGCUGGGCCUUAGUCUUGAGUUGGGUUCAUUUGUUGCUGGAGUUAUGAUAUCUACUACUGACUUUGCGCAACAUACUUUAGACCAGGUGGAACCAAUUCGUAACUUAUUUGCAGCUCUCUUCCUUUCAAGUAUUGGGAUGCUUAUACGUGUGCAGUUCCUAUGGCACCAUGUGGAUAUUUUGCUUGCAUCUGUCAUUCUUGUUGUGGUUAUUAAGACAGCUGUUGCCACUAUUGUCACUAAAGCCUUUGGCUAUAGCAAUAGAACAUCUUUUCUUGUUGGAGUAUCGCUUGCUCAAAUUGGAGAAUUUGCUUUUGUUCUCCUAAGUCGUGCCUCAAAUCUUCAUCUUAUUGAGGGAAAGAUGUAUCUCCUUCUUCUUGGAACAACAGCUCUGAGUCUGGUAACCACUCCGGUGUUAUUCAAGUUGAUACCUGCUGUGAUGCACUUGGGCGUUCUCAUGCACUGGUUUCCCUCAGAGAGCAGCACACAGAAUGAGGUCUCUCUCUCUCUCCCUCUCUCUCUCUCUCUCUCUCUCCUGAAAGUUUUUACACCAUUACUUCUGGGUGCAGACUUCAGAUCUAUACAAAUAAUUUUUCUGCACAUUGAAGUCCUUGUAGCUUACAUCUAGAAUUUCUCUAUGUGGAUCUUUCAAAUGCUGAAACAGAUCCUAAUCCUCUGGAGGCAUGGGAAUUUGUUUUUGUCUAGUUGUUAGAUGCUAAAAAUUCCUUGCCAAAUACUUAUGUUGAAGAAAUGGCCUGUUUCACAUUCAAUAGGCAUCCUAAACAGGGUCUCAAGCUCUAGUGAGACAUUUUUUUUUUUUCUUUGCAGCCAUUUUGUUGCAAAUUAGUGUUUUCCCCUUAUUUUAUGCAAGACUAACAUUGCAACAAAUUUUGUCACAAUUCACUCUGGAGGCAUUGAUUUAAUAAGAUUAAUACCAUUUGUUUCUAAUGUUGAAACGGGUGGUGCCUUGGCAGA